AUGGAUUCUGACUCCUCUCGUGGUCCUGAUGGUAUCACUUCAGCGCUAUUCGCAUACUUUGAUUACAGAAGGAUUUUCUGUGUUUCAAAUAAUGGCCGACUGCUGCUUAAAAGAGAGCCAAAGCUAAUUGAACAAAUAUCUAGAGAUGGAUUUUCUGUGUUCCAUUCCUGGGCAAAGGAAGGUAAACUAUGGCCAUUAUUUGAACGUCUUUUAAGGAGCACCGAUGUCAUCCCUGAUGUAAGGAGGAUUUUUGUGGACUUAAUCUGUGCAACUAGUGUGAAAGAGGGUUACAACCCUCUACAUGUCCUGGCUGGAACUACUGGCAGUGAUUUGGAUGCAGUCCUAAUCGCAAAACUCUUUAUAGAUGCUUACAAACAGGCAGCAUCAGCACAAGCGUUAAGCAUGUCAGCAGAUGCAUGUCCCUGGUUAGUACAGGAUAAGCAAGGCGGGACACCUCUGUCCGAGGCAAUAAAGCAUGGGCAUCAAAAUUUGGCAAUAUAUAUCUUGGUAGAGGAUAACAAUGCACUUCUAAUGUGUCCUACAAAUGUUCUAUGCUUGGCUAUUGAGGAACGAUGUCAUGAAGUGGUCGACUUGAUUAUGGAGAUAGUGGAUAAGCAACAAUGGACUCAACUUCUUACUAAUGCCUUGCAUCUUGCACCAUUAUGCAAAAACUCUGUUAAUUGUCUGAAUGCAGAAUAUUUCUUAGAAUGGGUGCUUAAGCAGCAUCCAGAGUCACUGGAAGCAGUUGACGACGAGGGAAUAACUGUAUUACAUAGUUGGGUAAAAACAGGUGAAAUAUGGCCAUUCAAAUACAUUCUUGAGAGCACAGAAAUUGAUCAGAAAUGGAAAAGCCAUUUCAUCAAACUCAUUUCUUAUCUUGAUUACAAGGACCAAAACAACCCUCUUCAUGUUGCAGCAACUGCCAGACAUGAAGCAACAGAUGAAAUUGUAAAGUUUCUCAUAGAAGCUUACAGAGAAGAAUAUCCAAGUUGGCGAUCUGUUGCUGAACAUUCAUUACCAUGGUUAGAGAAGAAUAAAGCUAAAGAAGGAGCUCUGAACUUGGCCAUACGAAAUCAACAUGAAAAUCUUGCAUUAUAUAUAUUGUCCCUAUACAAUGGUCAUCUUCACGCAUUACUCGAUUAUUAUGAGCCAGAGCAAAAAAUUUUGUUUCUUGCUAUAGAGAAGCAGUGCAAUCAAGUAGCCGAAGUGAUAUCGAACAGAUUAGAUAGGGGGGAUUGGAACAAAUAUCUGAUAGAUUCAUCUGAUGGGCGGAAUAUCUUGCAUCUUGCUCCAAAUUGCACAGACAAAGAUUUUGCGAUAUGGCUGGUUAAAGAAGCAUCAGAAUUCAUCACCGAAUCAGACAAAAGUAAAAUAAAAACACCACUAGAUGAAGCGUCUGAUGUUGGUGCUGCAUGGAUUAUACAGGCAAUGCUAAAAAAUGAUCCUUCAGCUUUUACUAAGGCUCCUUUGGCUUGGGUUAAAGCAUGUAAGAAAGGUCACAUCUCGACUAUUCGUGCCUUCAUUGACAAUUUCCCGGGAUAUUUUAAAGAUCAUUGUAUUAAACAUAAGGAUUCGCCUUUGCAUCAUAUUCAGAGUCUCUCAAAUUUAACUGAGUAUGAAGAGUUUCUUAAGAUUCCACGGAUGAAGGACCUAAUCAAUCUUCGAGAUUCUCAAGGGGCAACACCUUUACAUCAAGCAAUCCGAAGUGGAAACAUAUUUUUGACAGAAGCAUUACUCAAUAUGGAUAAAAUAAUGUAUAACAUCAGGGAUGAUCUUUAUCCAUAUGAAACUGCCAGAGGUUUGUUGGAACAAAAAUGCAAAGGUAAUCAGGAAUGGGACCAAAUGUGCAAAAAUAUUGGAUUUGAUCCAAGGAUGAAAACAACAUACUUCGAACGCGGGACAAAUUUGUUAGACGUAAGAAACACAUUAUCUGUGGUGGCGGCUUUACUAGCAACCAUCACAUUCACUGCUGGAUUCACUCUUCCUGGUGGAUUUGAUCAGAACACUGGAGAAGCAAUUCUGAGAAAGAAGGUAGCGUUUUUAGUGUUUCUGUUGUCUGAUACAUUGGCCAUGUGUUGUUCCAUGUUGGUGCUCAUUUGCCUCAUCUGGUCCAUGGUCUAUGAUUCAAAUAAAUCGUUGUUCUUGAUUGAUCGAAGCAUGAUGUUGCUCCUGAUAGCGCUUUACUCUACCUUAGUCGCGUUUAUGGCUGGAGUUUAUGUUGUCAUAUCUCCCCAAUGUUUGUGGCCGACUAUUGUUAUUAUUGUUAUGUGCUCUCUUAUUGGAUUUUCAGCAAACAGGACUCUGUUGUAUAAAAUUCUUGAAAAGUUAAUCCCUUCUGUAAAUAAGGAGUGCGGGGAUCCAUGCCAUUUGGUGGAACUGGGAAAAGGUUGUCUAUACCGGAAUGCAAAUAGUUGUCUAAAAUGCAACUAAAUCAACAUUCAGAAUUUUGGUUGAUGAUUACUUGAUUAGGUAGUGUAGGUCCAUGAGAAGAACAAAUUGAGUUUAAGGAAAAGUUCGAUAAGAAUGAAACUCAAGCGCCAUGAAUCGACCAUUGUACAACACAAACUUAGGGCCCGAACUCAGAAAUCAGUCAAUGUUCGUACCAAAACAAGCAAGCAAGAAGGUCAUGGAUCGAAGGCCUAGCGUUGAUGUUCUAAUGGCGGAACUCUUGGGCAUAAUCGAAGGCCUAGCGUUGGCCAAACGUGGAGGUUUUGACUAUGUGCUAAUUUUGUCGGACAGUUUGCAGGCCAUUAACCUUAUCUCUUGCGAUAAAAUAUUUAAUGAUGUGUAUUGUAAUGUGCUUAAAAAAUGUAGGGCAUGCAAACAGGAAUUCAAGGACAUUCAGUUCAAAUUCGUGAAGCGUGAGAAGAACAAGGUUGCGGACUUUCUUGCCCGUGAUUGUAGAAGAAAUGUUAGAAAUCUAAAUGUUGUUAGGGAUUUACCCCUUCCCCUACUGAGUGUAUGAACUUAUUAUUGACGGAUUGUUGUAGGCUUCCAGGCCAAAACUCUGGUUAAGUUUUUCUCUAUGCCA